UAUGCAGGAGCCGUUAAGAUCAUCCAAGUGGUGUUAAUUUACAACUGAGAGAUGGACUUGGCAGAAAUUCUGUUGGCGCUGUUCAUUGUUGUUGUCAUGGCUGUAUCCUUGUUAUCGAACUUACUGGUACUCCUAUGCUUUAUUUACAGCACCGAAAUCCGCAAACAUGUGCCAGGUAUUUUUAUUAUGAACUUAUCGUUUUGCAAUUUACUUAUUACUGUUUUUAACAUGCCUUCAACGUUGCUCGGGAUUGUCAAAAACCAACAGCCGUUUGGCGAGUGCAUCUGCCAAGCUGUAAGCUUUCUGGAGACUUUUUUGACAACAAACACUAUGCUAAGCAUGGCAGCGUUGAGCAUAGACAAAUGGAUUGCUGUGGUGUUUCCCCUGAGCUAUUCCAGCAAAAUGAGAUGCAAGGACGCAGUGAUCAUGAUGUGCUACUCGUGGCUCCACUCCCUUACCUUCUCCCUCGUCUCCCUGCUUUUUUCUUGGGUUGGCUACAGCAACAUUUAUGCAUCAUGCACCUUAUAUUUAAAAGACGAAAGAGACAGGAAAAAGUUUACCGUGCUCACCAUCGUUUUCCAUGCUACUUGUUUCAUGCUCUCUCUUGUAAUAUUGUGUUUCACGUACUUAAAGGUUUUAAAGGUAGCACGGUUUCAUUGCAAGAGGAUAGACAUCAUCACCAUGCAAACUCUGCUUUUGCUGGUUGAUAUUCACCCAAGUGUUAAACAGCGAUGCCUCGUGGAACAAAAAAGGAGAAGACAACGGGCGACAAAAAAGAUUAGCAUCUUCAUAGGUUCUUUUGUUAUCUGUUUCGCCCCUUACGUUAUCACGAGGUUAAUAGAACUUCUCCCGUUUGUAACAGUUAACUACCACUGGGGAAUUAUAAGUAAGUGCCUCACAUACAGCAAGGCUGCAUCAGACCCCUUUGUGUAUUCCCUGCUGCGUCAACAGUACAAGAAGGUCUUGAUCACCAUCGUCAACAGGAUGCUUAAAAGGGAUUUGUAUCCUUCAUCGGGUCAUAACAGCUCUUUAGACACUGAGAAUGACUACUGCCUCCAACGAGGGAACUGAAAAUACAAAGGUCUAUUGCAAGAGAUGACCUCUUUUAAUGCACUUUCAAUUGUUUCAGCAUUACAACUUUUUAUUUAUUAUAAAGCUUAUUUUAAGUGACUGUACGCCAGUUUUGUCAAUAUUAAAAUGUAUCUGUAUUCCUACAUUGCGCGGCAAUGUUUAUAAAAUAUGGCUCUAUAUAAAGAUGUUUGUGUUAUUAUCUAUUUUGCACAGAAAUUUGUGACAAGUUCUUUUUAUGUAUAUAUUUUAUUUUAAAGUAUGAGGGAUUCUAGAGUUAGAACAAUGGAGUAUAUCCAUACCCAACCUGACCAAUUUUAUCCUAUGCACAUUUGGCUUCGUUAUGUGGAUCAAUGCUAGGCCAAAUUUAAGACACCCA